AUGGAGGCCGACCCGAAAGCCGGCGAAGCGGCGCCGACCGUGCAGGACUUCCCUCUGUAUCUCGGCCUCGGUAGUGGACUCACUGCCAAGCUCGGGGAACACGACUACGCCGUCCUCGUAGACCAUAGGCUAGAGUUCAACGCCCGUUGCUUGGGAUUCGGCCUCAAGUCGGUGUCGGCACAGGGUUUGGCCCGCAUCGGUCGGCCGAUGGAUCUCCUGACCAGCGCCCUCCGUCGCAGUGUGACCAGCAUGGACAAGGUGAACGUUUCGGGGUUGAAGGGGAUGCGGAAUGGGAUGAUAACAUUCGUCAAGGAGCACGUCGCUCUCAAACGGUCGGGCCAUGUCAGAGUUGCUGCCGACGCCUGUGACGACGACGGCGAGGAGGCCCCUUCGGCAUCCCAAGCAGUAGGUGUCGCCUACACCGUCCAUGAUGCGCGUGGGACUUCGAUCGGAGAGCCCGGAGGCGGCGUCGACAAGGAAGAUGAGGAGGCGGGAAGGGCGGUGACUGGGACCGCGGAGAAGCACCAAGAUGAUAAUGAGGAUCAGGAAGAGGACCAUGAGGAUCAUGAGGAGGAGGAGGAGGAGGAGGAGGAGGAGGAGGAGGAGGAGGAGGAGGAGGAGGAGGAGGAGGAGGAGGAGGAUGAGGAGGAGGAGGAGGAGGAGGAGUAG